GUCAGUUAUUUGACCACAUUCGACAAAGAAGGAAGGAAGCGAUUUUUGGAAUAUUAACAAUGAAAGUUUUGUUGGUUUUGUGUGCAUUGGUGGCCGUAGCUUCAGCUGGAUUGGUGCAUGGUGGCUGGAAUAGUGGUUGGAAUUCCGGCUGGAAUGGUGGUGGUGGCUACGCCACAUAUCCCAAAGUAAUUAAGGUCAUACGCGUUGGUGGCGGUGGAGGAGGUGGUUGGAACGGCGGUUGGUCUGGCGGUCAUGGAGGUUGGAGCGGCGGCCAUGGCGGUUGGAAUAAUGGAGGUUGGAACGGUGGUUAUGUCAGCAGUGGACAUGGCUGGUGGUGAUUUCUUUGUUGCAACUGUCAAUUGUUCUUUGUGAAAAACGGAAAUGAUUUGUUUUAUUUUAAAGAAGAAAAAAAAUCUAUAAUUUGGUGAUUCUCCCUAUUUUUCA